AUGUUUAAACCAGAUAAAAUUCCCAAGCCUUUUUCAAAUGUAAACGUUGAUGAAUUGUUUAAAAUUGAAAAUCUUGUAACAGUAAAAAAUGUGGUUGUAAGUGAAAAAAUUAAAGAAGAAUUUAAAAUUUUAAAAACAACAGAAAAAGAUAUGUUAAUAUUUUUGAAAAAUGCACAGCAACACUAUUUAGAAGCAUGCAAACAUAUUUUGUUAAAGUCAUCAAUUACAAAUUCUUUUCUAAAAAAAUUGCGUUGUCUAGGUCCCAUAGAAAGAUGUAAGAAUAGAAGUAUUAGCCAAUUGUUAAACAUUUGUAAAUAUUUGCCUUUCCAUGUUGAUACAGAUGUUUUAAUAAACGAGUGGACGCUAUCAAAACUGGAAAAAGUCGAUGAAAAAUCUACUGAAUUGAGAAUAGAUCAUUAUUGGAAACAAUUUUUUACCAAAACAAAUUUAUCAGGAGGUGAGAAAUAUCCAAAUGUGUCAAAAAUUGUCAAGGCUUGUUUAUCUCUAGUCCAUGGAAGCGCUGACAUAGAACGAAGCUUUUCUUGUUCUGGUAGGAUUUUAACAGAAGAUCGAGUAUCAAUGUGUGAAAGGACAUUGAAUGCGAUUCUUUAUAGUAAAGAUGCUCUAAAACAUUACAAUAAUAAAUUACAUUUGGUAUUAAUUACUAAAGAACUUAUAAAUAUGGCUAGAGGAGCAUAUUUGCAUUAUAAAGAUUAUUUGGAAGACAAGAAAAAAUUCAAGAACAAAAUAAAAAAACCGAAGAAGAAGAAUUGGCAAAAACAUUACUGUUUGAAGAACAACAAAAACAAUUAA